UUUUCUUUUUGCAUGACUAAUGGUUCAUCAAGAAGGCUGUAGAACUCCACUUAAGUUUAGGUUUCUUUGAAUGUUUGUAUUACAGACUACAGUAAAGUUGUUCCUGUUUUUUUUAAAGGAAGUCCAUUGCUUAGUGUUAUGGAGUCAUGUGCAUUUUUGGGUUUAUGACUAUAUAAUUGUGCUUGUGUAGAAGAAGAAGAAGAAGAAAAAAAAGAAGAAGAAGUGUAUUUUCACUGUGGAUUUCUAAAAAAACAACAUGAACGAAGAGAGACGGAAAACUUUAAAAACAGCUCUACAGUGCUUGAGCCAGUUUCUAUGGAGAACCUACAGAAUUAAGGGCAAGAAGCAUGAAAAUACCAGCUGUCUCUCAAGUUGCACAAGCUUUCAAUAGCGCCAUGUUUACGUCUUAAAAAGUCUCUCUUUACGAUAGUUAAGUUACUGAGUAAUAAAGCUGGUUGGUCAAAUGUAACUUUGACCAGAGGUGGGCAACAAGGUAAUAUAGAAAAUUUAAAAAGAAGAAACAACUUCCUGUAUAUCCUAACAAAAAAAGCUUUGGUUUUGGUUUGGUAUAGGUGCAUUAUGUAACAUUUGGGUUACAUAGUUGUCUCCAGGGAGAUGUUAUUGCAUUGGCUGGAAUGUUCCACAGCAUGGCAAUGAAUGCAUCUAGAGACUACCAGCUGGUGGGAAUGAUGGUGGGCCUGGCUGGACUCUACCUGUUCAUGAUGUUCAGACAGAGCAGUGCAACCUUCUUCUCCCCCUCGUCGUACAUGAUGCUGCCGUUCUUCUUCACUUUCGCCACCGCUGUGUUCCUACUGGUCGGUGGGUUCCUGGGGUCCUGGGUCAGCACCAAGGAUUCAGUAUGUCUGCAAGGACUGUUUGUUUAUCUUCUUUUUGUUGUUUUCUGCCUGGGAAGUACAGCUUCAGCACUGACCUUUCACCACACAGUUAUGCUGGAUUCAGAACUAGAUCCUCUCAGUGACGUGUUCAAGAACUACACAGGAAACAGCUACGACCAGGAUUCACGGACUGUGGACGCUUUACAGGAAAAGAUGCAGUGCUGUGGUGUUCAGAACUACACGGAUUGGAGGGACACUUCCUGGUUUAUUCAUAAUGGGGGUCACAUCCUCCCCCUGAGCUGCUGCAAUCAAAUCUUCACCUCAUGCAAUGGCACUGUGCUUCAGCCUGAUCACUUUUACCAAACGGGCUGCAAAGUAAAGCUAAAAGUGUUCUUUCAAUUCCUUCUGGAUACUGUUAUGUGGAUGUUUGCGGUGGUUUUUCUAGUGCUGGUGAUUUUGCUUGUGCCUACUGUGAUGUUGAUGAGGGAACCACUUCUUUCUUAUCAGUAUUUGGACAAAAGCUGAAUAUUAAAAUAAAACUGUCGACUUAUAUUGCAACAAAUAAACAAGGACAUCUGG